AAUAUUUAGGACGAUAAAAAUGAUGAAUACAUGACAUCUUAUAAUUUAUAGGUGAAUACAUGAUCGUCAUUACCGGUUGUCAAAAGAUAGGCACACUUUUACUAAACAAUGAAAUUUUUCAAGCGACCAGCUUCCAAAUUCUACCAAUCUCGCGCAAUGCGAGCAUCUUGUCAGAUAGACAACUAGAGGAUGAGCAAAGAUACAUUCAUUUAUUGGAGAGUCACUUGAAGGGCAAUGGAUUCUAUUUUUCUUACAAGUAUAAUAUCACCCUCUCUAUUCAAAAGCAAGUAGAGCUUGUAGCAAAUGGGUGUAACGAUUGGAGAAAGGCGGAUACACGAUUCUUUUGGAAUAGACACUUGUGCAGUAAAUUGAUCAAUGCUAGUCAAAAAAUGAAGGCUGGACUGGAUUUUGACUCUUUUGUCUUGCCAGUGAUACAAGGAUUUAUUUCUAUAAACCCAUCAGUUAUUAGUGGUAGAUCAGUGACCUUUGCUCUGAUCAGCAGACGAAGCCAAGAGCGUGCUGGAACGCGCUAUUUUUCAAGAGGACUUGAUCAGGAAGGCCAUGCGUCCAACUUUGUAGAGACAGAGCAGCUUUUACUAUGUGACUCGCCUGGAUCAUUGGUACAAACUAAUUCCGCUUGCUUAUCGCAUAUACAAACUCGAGGUUCAGUACCAGCUGUCUGGCGCCAGGUGCCCAACACGCGAUACACGCCUCAACUUUGGGUACAAUCGAAUCUUGCUGAUGAGAAAGUGCUCGACGCAUCCAGGACCCACUUUGAGCAGCAGGUUAAGCAUUAUGGUCCACAGAUUUUGAUCAACUUGGUAAACAGAAAGGGCUAUGAAGUCCCUGUGGGAGAAGUGUUUGCUAGGAUCAUUGAGGAGCUGAAUGACCCGAAUCUGAAAUACGUACACUUUGAUUUUCAUUAUGAAUGUAGAAAGAUGCGUUGGCAUCGAGUACAGCUGUUGAUUGAUGAGCUAGAACAGGAUUUAAGCCAACAGGGAUUUUGCUUAUGUGACAUGCCAUAUCCAUCAGGACCAGUACUAAGACAGAAACAAACAUCAGUGAUAAGAACAAACUGUAUGGAUUGUCUCGAUAGGACAAAUGUAGUUCAAAGCACCAUUGGGAGAUGGGUAUUGAAUAAGCAGCUGAGAGAAGUAAAGAUAUUGCAGUCAACUGAGGUGAUUGAAAAUGACGAACAGUUUAUGACUAUCUUCAAGAACGUAUGGGCAGAUAAUGCAGACGCACUUAGCUUAUCCUACUCGGGGUCAGGCGCCCUAAAGACAGAUUUUACUAGAACUGGAAAGAGGACAUACAUCGGAGCGAUGAAUGAUCUUUUUAAUUCAAUCAUUCGUUAUGUGAAGAAUAACUAUAUGGAUGGAUCGAGACAAGACGGUAUAGACUUGAUACUUGGCAAAUACAAGGUCAUUCCUGCUCUUUCCAGCCGUGAUCAAUUCAUAAGCCCUUUUCAAACACAGAUUCUGCCUCUCUACGUAAAGUUUAUACCUACUUAUCUGCUUCUAUCACUGAUCCUCUUCAAUCUUGUACUAUUUUCGCCCAAUGCCUUUGGCAUAAACUCUUCUCUUGCACACAUUACUUUGCUAUCAUUUUUAUUUGCCGUUAUUUUGGCUUCAUGGUCAUAUAUUCUGCAAAAUGGUACAGAGUUUGUAGAUUGGCCAAAGCUUAUACCUUUAUCGCUUCCAAGAGUAGAAGACAGACCGCUGGAAGUGACUAACACGCAGGAUUAUGUCUUUACGAAAUAUGCGCCAAGACGAAGCAGCACAGUAGUACUCAAUGAAAUAGAACAAGGUUAUGAACUUCCAAUACUUAAAAAGACAACAUAAGCAAUAAAUAAAGUAGAUCAUUCUGUGAAGUACAGUGCGUCUGCUCUCAAUUGUG